AUGGUAGUGUGCUCGAUGGAAAAUGCGAGUGCCCUGCUGGAAAGCAUUUUUGCAGUCAUGAUGCGGCAGUGCUUGACGUACUUCGACUGCUCCAAGGAAAAGAUUUUGGCAGUCAAGGAGAGGAACGUAGAAGUCUGGAGCAAGGAUCUCGCCCAGUUUGCCCAAGCCCUUUCAGAUGCAAACUCGGAUAGCGCUCUUGUAACCAUAUUAGCUGCUGCAGAUUGUGCCGCAGUGUGCAGCUGCAGAUGUGGUACCGUAUUUUGUGGCUCGCCACUAGCUUACCAGCAGUCACUCGUGCCUCAUGGCUUCAAUGUCCUUCUCUGCAGCUAUCUGGCGGAGAAGGUCAACAAGCAUGACAAGAGUUCAACAUCUCCUCUGCAAGCACAGUGUCUAAAGAAGAACUCCCACCAGCAGCGAGCCAGUCAAACAUGGUGUCAAGAGCGAAAAUAUUGGCUGAAAUUCUCAAACUUUGGCAGUGUGCUUAUGCGCAGUCAUUGGAGCAAUAAAGGGCUCGGCCACCUGACAUCAGCGAAAGACCUAUCCAGGGUACCUGCUGUCCGGUAUGGCAUUGCCAACGAGGCAAGAGCUCUGCAGCGUUACCAGAACGUUUUCAGGCACACAGGACGGGACGUAGAGCUUCAAAGCGUAGGGCUGUUUGUCGACCCAGAACAGCCAUGGCUUGGGGCUUCUCCAGAUGCCAUUGUGUAUGAUCCUGUGGAAGACCCACCAUGGGGUUGUGUUGAAAUUAAGUGUCUUUAUAGCUUGAAAGAUGCAGACGAAGGAGAACUUCUUUCAUGCCAAGACAUUUGUGUAUCAUUUGACAGCUGGAACAACCCCGCACUGAAGCAAACGCAUCCAUACUUCGCUCAAGUGAUGGGCCAGAUGGCCAUCACUAAACUACAGUGGGCAGACUUUGUUAUGUAUGAUGAAAACUACAUUUGUGUGCAAAGAGUACAGUUUGACAAGAAAGUUUGGCAUGAAAUAAAAGCCAAGCUGGAUAAGUUUUCUUUUGACACACCUUUGCCAUACUUUCUGAGAAAUGUGGGUAUGAGGUAA